AUGAAUUCCCAUGGAUGGUUGCAAUAUUUUCUCGAUUGCCAUCGUGAACUGCAAUAUCUUGGUGGUGGUUCAUUGAUUCAUGAGUCUGUGAUUUUAACGGUGGCUCAUUUGCUGCUUAAAUUUACACCUGAACAAUUGGUGAUUCGUGCCGGUGAACAUGACACCGAUUUGAAUACAACACGUCAAGAACGAAACGUAACGAAUAUUAUCAUUCAAAAUGAUUACCUCGCCGAUAUGCUGAUCAAUGACAUUGCAUUGAUCGUGGUGGAUGAAUCAUUGAAAAUGGCCAAUGCUGUGAAUACUGCUGUGAAUACUAUUUGUUUACCACCCCCAAGCAUUCGCACCAAUGAAGGUACGAUUUGCACUUCAGGCGGUUGGGGCAAAAGUGCGAUCAAUCAAAAUGGAAAAUAUCAAGCAACGUUAAGUUGCAUGAGCAAAGUUAGACUUAUGGAUCAAAUGCCAUCACGCUUCUUGGAUAAAAACAAUCUGAACAAAGUGUAA